AUGAGAAUCAUUAUUUAGUAUUAUUAUGAUUUUCUGAGAAAGAAAACAGCUGCCAUAGAUAUUGAGGAUGAAGAAUCAGACUGUAGCGUUCUUCUGAAGGCAAUUUCAGUCAAAAUUGAUAGAUAAAUCCAUGAUUUCAUAGCUACUGUUAAAAAAGAUAAUAUUUCGGUCAGAAUCAUUUAGGGAUGGCCACUAUCUUUUUAUGAGAUCAAAGAAAAAUAAAUCUUAAAUGUAGAAUUUAAAGAAUUCGAAAGCCAAGAAUCAAAAAAGCAAGGAUAAGUCCUCAACUAGCGUUACUUGAUGAAAUUAGGUUUCAAUAAAAUGCAGGAUAGAAAUCUAAGUGUAAUUAAAGACUACGAAGAAGAAGAAGGUGAUGAAGAAAACGAAGCAGAUAACUCGUUUGGCAGAAAGAAAAGCUAUUUCUAAUAAAAAGAUAGAACUUCCCAAAACAAAAAAGUGGGAAGUCAAUAUUCAAAUAGCUCGUCAAGCGAUGAAGAGAGUGGAAGAACAAAAAAUAUAGACCUUAAGAAGAUAUUAGAAAAUUUUUUAGAAUAAUUGAUAAUAGAAACAUAAAACAAUCGUUUAGAGGAAGUUAAAAAGUUGUUUAACGAAGUCUCUGAUAGAUUGACUUAAGAGCAAAAGGAUGAGUUAUAAAAAUAAAAACUUGUAAUUAUUAAUAAUCUCGGAAAACGUGGCUCUAAUCCACUUCAUGUUGCAGUUUAUAAUUAGUUUUAUGAGUUAACCAAAGAGUUGGUAGAAAGGGGUGCAAAUGUCAAUGUUCCAAGCAACUAAGGAUGGACUAGUGUACAAAUCGCUAUUUUCAAAAAUAAUAUAAAAAUUUUAAAGCUUCUUUUGGAUUCACAAUCUCUAGACUUAAAUUAUGUUUCUAGUGUAGGAACUCCUCUUACAGUUUGUUGCUAAUUUUCAAAAGCUCAAGCACUUGAUUUAGUUCUUAAAAAGAACCCAGAUUUAAGCAUCUUAGACUAAUCAGGUAAAUCUUGCUUUGACCAUUGCCAAAAUGAGGAAUGUAAAAAUAUACUGAAAUCCUUCAAGCAGAAAGAAGCCAUAGAAGAGCAAAAAUAAAAUGAAUUAAAAUCUGAAAUAAAAUCAAAUUAGUAAAAUCAACAACCUGGAGUAUUUUUACCUCCUAAACCUCCAAUUGUAACAGGAACUUUGUUUAAAAUUGGAGCUUUUUUGUUUAACAUGCGUGAAAGAUUUUUUGUUAUUAAUCCUGAUGAAGGAACUUUAAUUAGAUAUAAGAAUAAAUCUCACUACCCAUUAAAACCAUUAGAAGUUAUACCACUAAAAGAUAUUAAUUUAAUCCAAACAAUUAAAAAAUCUUGGUUCAUGUCAAGUGAUUAUACUUAUUUUGAAAUUAACUACCCUAACAGAUAAGUGCUAGCUUGUAAGCACGAGUAAGCUGCAAAAAAAUGGGUCGAGUAUUUAUUCUCUGCUUGUGUUUAUUCCCUCUACAUUGAAACCAGGAAUGCUUUCAAUUAAAUACAAAUGCAAGAUAACACUGUUAUAGAAUUAUAAGACUCACCUAAUUAGUAAAAUAUUUUAGACACUGUUGGAGGAAAUAUUAAGGAAGCAGUUAAAAAGUUUGAAAAUUAAAAUAAGAGAGAUACUAAAAAUAAAAGUAACGAAAAUGCAAACGAGUAAUAAAGUAUUAGCAAAACCUAAUAAGAUAGCAAAAUAUCUACAAAUAGUAAAAUAGCAUCUAAAAAUACAAAUGCAAAACCCGAUUCUAGCAACAAUUUAGAACUACCUUCUCCUGGAUCAUCAAAAAUGAACUAAGGUCCUAAAAUUGAUAUACCUUCUGAUGCUAGAAAAAAUGAUAGAUCUCAAUCUCCUUCCUCAUAAGAUAAUUCCACUAGAAGUACUUCCGUUUCUCCUGAAGAUCCUAAUGUUGAUCUUGGAUCAUUACAAGAUGAAAAAGUUACAUUUGAAUCCUUCUAGAUUCUUAAGGUAUUAGGUGCAGGUUCGUUUGGUAAAGUAUUUUUGGCCAAAAAGAAGGACUCAGGAAACAUAUAUGCUAUUAAAGCACUCAAAAAAAGACCUCUCAUCAUGAAGAGAUAGCUGAGAUAUGCUGUUACAGAAGCUAACGUUCUUAAAAUGUGCAACCAUCCAUUUAUUUUAGGUCUUCACUAUGCUUUAUAAACUCCAAAUUACUUGUAUUUAGUCUUGGAUUACUGCAGUGGAGGUGAUAUUUCUUCACAUCUUGCUUACAAGAGAAGAUUUAGUGAAGAAGAAGCCUUGUUUUAUAUUGCUGAAUUAGUCCUUGCUAUCUAACAUAUUCACGAAAAAGAUGUAGUUUAUAGAGAUUUAAAACCAGAAAAUAUUUUGAUUGCUUCAGAUGGACAUAUUAAAUUAGCUGACUUUGGGUUGUCAAAGGAUAAUGUCACAGAUUAAUCUAAAACCAAAUCAUUUUGUGGUACUCCUGCAUAUUUGUCUCCAGAAAUGUUAAAUAAUAAAGGUGCUACUAAAGCCUCUGAUCUCUAUGGUAUUGGUGCAGUUUUAUAUGAAAUGCUAACUGGUGAUCCUCCUUAUUAUAAUGAUGAUAUUCCAACAAUGUAUAAAAAAAUAAAAGAAGGAAAUCUCACAUAUCCAUCUUAUGUUAGCUAGAAAGCAAGAAAUAUAAUUAAUGGUUUACUUGAUAGAAAUCCAAAAACACGUCUUGGAGCCUAAGAUAGAGAAUAACUCAAAAGAGAUCCUUUCUUUGAAGGAAUAGAUUGGGAAAAACUUUAUAACAAGCAAUACAAACCUCCUAUUACAGAAUUUGAAAAUAGUGAUAUAGAAGAUGAUUUUGAAGAUGCUUCUGACAAGAAAAUAUUCCAUGAUUUUGAUUACGAAUAGCACAAUCAUAACAUUAAUAGAGUUAAGUAGUUCAGUUUUGUAAGAAAGUGA